ACCAUUUAGCGGCUGAGCUGGGGGGGAGGGAGUUAGAGGGGGCGUAGGGCGCCAUUGGGCACCGCGCUCCGAGGACGGGAAAAUGGCGGCCCUGGGGUCCCCGGCGCGCACUUUACGAGGUCUUCUACGGGAAUUGCGCUACAUGAACGAGGCCACGGGCCGACCCUAUCGCGACACCGCGGCCUAUCGGUACCUCGUGAAAGCUUUCCGUGCACAUCGGGUUACCAGUGAGAAGCUGUGCAGAGCCCAACACGAGCUUCAUUUCCAAGCCGCCACCUAUCUCUGCCUCCUACGCAGCAUUCGAGAACACGUGGCCCUUCAUCAGGAAUUUCAUGGCAAGGGUGAGCGCUCAGUGGAGGAGUCCGCUGGCUUAGUGGGUCUCAAGUUACCCCAGCAGCCUGGAGGGAAGGGCUGGGAGCCAUGAGAAUGGAGAGAGUCCUUGGAUGCUGCCAUCAUUCAAGAAUUUAAUCAUCUUUCAAUAUGUAUUUAUCAUUAAAUUUUUGUUUAAGUUUA